AUGGUCAGAGUCUCUGUUUUGAACGAUUGCCUCAAGUCUGUCUUGAACGCUGAGAAGCAAGGUCGCCGUCAGGUCCUCAUCAGACCAUCGAGCAAGGUCAUCAUCAAGUUCUUGACUGUCAUGAUGAAGAAGAAGUACAUCGGAGAGUUCGAGAUCAUCGAUGACCACCGUUCCGGAAAGAUCGUCAUCGAGCUGAUUGGUCGCAUCAACAAGUGCGCCGUCAUCUCCCCACGUUUCGAUGUCUCCCUUGAGGAGCUCGAGAGAUGGACCUCCUACUUGCUGCCAUCCCGUCAGUUCGGCCACAUCGUCCUGACCACCUCCCUCGGUAUCAUGGACCACGAGGAGGCCAAGAGACUGCACACCGGAGGCAAGCUUUUGGGUUACUUCUACUAA